AUCUGAACUGGUGCAGCGCAGAACCACACCGCACACGGAGAGCAAGAAGGAGCAGCUCCGGCAUCAAGUUAGCCUGUCUCUGAUCAGAUUGACCUUACAUGAUGCCCCUUGGAGAGGAUGGAAAUGGAUGGAAAAAGAAGACAUCAGACAUCAAAGAAAACUAUGACUUCAAAGAAGUACUGGGAACAGGGGCGUUCUCUGAGGUGGUCCUAGCAGAGGAGAAGAGGACCCAGAGGCUGGUGGCCAUCAAGUGCAUCCCCAAGAAAGCCCUGGAGGGCAAGGAGAACAACAUUGAGAAUGAGAUUGCUGUCCUGCACAGAAUCAAACAUACCAACAUCGUCUCACUGGAGGACAUAUUUGAGAGCACCUCCCAUCUGUACCUGGUCAUGCAGCUUGUAUCUGGUGGGGAGCUGUUUGACCGAAUUGUAGAGAAGGGCUUCUACACAGAGAGGGACGCUAGCAAACUAAUCCGCCAGAUACUGGAUGCAGUUAAAUACCUCCAUGACAUGGGUAUUGUCCACAGAGACUUGAAGCCUGAGAACCUGCUGUACUACAGCAUGGACGAGGACUCCAAGAUCAUGAUCAGUGACUUUGGUCUGUCGAAGAUCGAGGGGUCUGGCAGUGUCAUGUCCACAGCCUGUGGGACCCCUGGCUAUGUGGCUCCUGAGGUGUUGGCUCAGAAACCUUACAGCAAAGCAGUAGACUGUUGGUCCAUAGGGGUUAUCUCCUACAUAUUAUUAUGUGGAUACCCUCCGUUUUACGACGAGAAUGAUGCCAAGCUUUUUGAGCAGAUUUUGAAAGCGGAGUACGAGUUUGACUCUCCAUACUGGGAUGACAUCUCUGAUUCAGCCAAAGACUUUAUCUGUCAUCUGAUGGAGAAGGACCACUCAAAGAGAUACACCUGUGAACAGGCCCUCCUGCACCCCUGGAUCUGUGGAGACACCGCUUUGGAUAAGAAUAUCCACGAGUCUGUUAGUGCACAAAUCAAGAAGAACUUUGCUAAAAGUAAAUGGAAGCAAGCGUUUAAUGCCACAGCGGUGGUGAGACACAUGCGGAGGCUGCAGCUGGGGACCAGCCUGGAGGGGCCCAGUCAGAUCACUCCCACCAGCCCCUGCCACAGCCAUCUGCUCCCAGAGGAGGAGGAGGAGGAGGAGGAGGAGGGGAAUGAGGAGGAGGAGAGCUUAUCUCACUGUGAGGAUGGUCGUCGUGGGAGUGCGGAGGGCAGUGCUGACCGGGACAGUCUGAGGAGCUGCACCUAUUGCUGCAGACCUGCCAGCCGCGUCUGAGCACAACCUUCCCCCCGUCGCCAUGGUGAUACGUUUCCAUGGAGCCACCAGAGCCCAUCCGCCCAGUCUGACCAAGAAUGCAGAGUAGUAUCAGGCAGGGUCCACUAGGGGGAGAUCCUGAGCAGGUCACGGUUUGGGUGCAGGGAAACUUUGAGUGCCUUGUCCAGAGCCAUCUCUUAGCUUUAGCAGGGCUCAGGGGUUGCAGAG